AAUAUCCAAAUUCUGCGGCCAUGGAAGCUCCAUCUGUUUUCACCCAAAUCUUAUUCUCUCUCCUACUAGGGAAGUGUAUUGCUGUUACAGUUACCUUUCCAACCUUAUCGAAUGUUUCCAUGACUACGAUGUUCUCCAAAACCACUCCGGGAGUCUUCUCCAUCUGUUCACCGUCUUGGGGUCAGAAGCCACCUCUGCCUCACUGCCUUAUCUUGCCCGGCAAAUGCUGUUUCACCCAUUUCCCUUAUACCUCUUUUUGGAGCCGGAGACAUUCCAGGAAUCUUGUCUGCAGAGCAAUGACAGAAAAAUCUCCGGCUUCCAGUGACAGUGGUGACGAUGGGAGUAAAUGGGUUUCGUUACAAAAUGAGGAAACAAUUCAGCUAUUCCUUUAUAAGGACGAGGAUUUGGCAAUUGAUAACCAAUCGCCUGCCGAAGGAUCUUGCGGUGAAGGCUUUCUCAAUGCUAAGCUGACCAAGACUAAAGAUUUUACAGUUCUGAGGAGGAAAGCUGUGGCUUUGAUGUUUUCAAGUGUUAUCUCGUUGCAACUGGGUUCUCACAAUAUCACAUUAGCUCAGCCAUCUGGUGGAUUCAGGGAAUACGUGGAUACCUUUGAUGGUUAUACAUUUUAUUAUCCUCAGAACUGGAUUCAAGUUAGAGGCGCAGGUGCAGAUAUAUUCUUCCGGGACCCUUUUGUUCUGGACGAGAACAUCUCUGUGGAACUGUCUUCUCCUUCAUCCUCCAGGUACAUAAGUGUUGAAGAUUUGGGUCCUCCACAAAUAGCUGCAGAGAAAGUACUUAAGCAGUAUUUGACCGAGUUCAUGUCCACUAGACUUGGUGUCCGCCGUGAGUCAAACAUCCUUUCUACAUCCUCAAGAGUUGCAGAUGAUGGGAAGAUGUACUAUGAAGUUGAGGUAAAUAUUAAGUCAUAUGCAAACAAUAAUGAGUUAGCUGUUAUGCCACAAGACAGAGUUGCUCGCCUUGAAUGGGAUCGGCGUUAUCUUUCAGUUCUUGGAGUUGGAAACAACCGAUUGUAUGAACUGAGAUUGCAGACACCUGAAAAUGUUUUUCAAGAGGAGGAAAAUGACCUGCGCCAAGUUAUGGAUUCCUUCAGAGUAAUUAAAUCACUGGAUUGAUCAUCUACGUAUGAGCAUAUCGAGAGUUUUGUUAUCGUGGUCUGUUCUUUCUUUUCUUUUUGCCUUUUGGGAGGGGAGGGGGGUUUCUUCGUCCAUACCAUUGAGAUAGAUCACCAAAUUUGACAUUUAGCCUUUAUAUCUAGGGAUUAGUCUUCUAUCCAGUGGUUAGAAUGACAACUGAACUGUUUGCAUGGCAAAAAUGGGCAAUGUAAUAUGAAGCCUUGAUAGUUGGCUCCUUUCACCUAAUCAUGUAUGAGAUGUGAUGCAUGGAAAAAGUUUUCUCCAAAUUCUGUGAUGUUCCU